AUGCGUGUUAACCUCCGUGAGCCGUCUACCUUCCAUUUUCAAAUGAAUAUGCCGUGUUCAUCACCCGCUCCAACAUCAAGGCUUUCGCACUCCGACUACUGUUCCUUUUCAUCAUCGGAUGAUGAUGCUGAAUCUCCAAAGAAAAAGCUAACUUUAGAGGAAACUUACCCAGGUAUCUGUCCACACUGCAAGAAGACUUACCAGGACCCUGUAACUUUACAAUGUGGUCAUUCAUUGUGCUCGAAGUGCUGUACACAGCUUUUGGAGUCGUUUGGAAUGAAUACCACUGCACGCCGCGCCAGAAUCCGCAUGGGAUUAAGCAGCGUCAGUUAUACGCGUUUGGAGAGGAAGAAUAGUUCACAAUCUGUGGCGUCUGUCCGUUCGGCGGGUGUUAUCUAUAAGUCGCCACAAUGCGUAGUAUGUGGCGAACGUCCAAAGACGACUCCUCCUGUUCCAAACCUUGAGCUUGGACAUUUUUUGAAAACAUUGAAGGCUAAGAAAAUGACUGAACAUGAGAAUCCUGCAUAUAGAGAGACCGUCGAUGAUAAUAGUUUGUCCUGUGAAGAGGAUAACUGCAGACGUAUAAGAGAGUGCAGAAUCGGCGUGGUGGGUGCUUCUGGUGUGGGAAAAACCAGCCUGAUUCGUGUGCAAUAUGGAAAUGACAUUCUAUUCACCGAUAUUCUUGGCAAGCGCGCUGAGCCGGAUCUCAGCAAUACAUUCAUGAUCGAUAUUGUGGACUCUAAUAAUGGUGACGACUGCAUUAAAACCUCACAAGGUUUCGUCAUCAUGUACUCAAUUACCGACCGUGAAUCUUUCUACGGGGCUGCCGACAUCUUCACCUUGAUUGAACAAGUUAGAGGAGGAAUGGUUCCAAUUGUGCUUGACAAACGCUUGCCAGGCACAUCGGCUGCCCUUUCCUUGAAAUAUCAGCCAGAAAUAACGACUGUGUCAAUGAGGCUUUCCUGGAGCUUAUGCGAAUCGUGGAACGACGCCGACUUUCUGCAGCCGUUUGAUAUUAUGUAG